ACUAUUCGAUACGGCUACUAAUAGUAGUACGACGGUGAUGGCUUCUUAUAAUCCAUUCGCCCGGCAAGAGUCGCACGGAUCCUAUUCCCUGGGGUCCUACCGUCUGCUGGUGCCUUUGUCGUGGUUGCUGGUGGUGGUGGUCGGGAUCUACUAUACCGUCCAUGCACCCGAUGUCAAACACGGUCAUGCCAUCUUCAACCAGGCCAACCACCAUAUCACGCCUUUCAGUCAGAGCACAACGGUCACUGGCAUUUACUGGAUCCUUCUCCUAAUCUUCCAACUCAGCUAUGUCUACCAUCUUUUCCAUAAAGAUGCCUCGAUUGUGACGGCAACCGCCAACGUGGGUGCGCAUUUUAUUCUGAAUAACCUGUUCAUCUUCGCCUGGAUCCUCCUCUGGACUCGGGGCCACUUCUGGGGUUCCGAGGUUAUCUUGAUGGCCCACUUGGUCAAUCAGCAUACGGCGUACUGGCGACACCGCGCGUUGCCCCCACUGGUACAUUUGUCCGCCAUCGCAGGGCCCUUUGCCUGGACGCUGAUGGCGCUGUUCUGGAACGGUGCCGUCGCCGUGCAUAGCAACUCGCUGCCGGCGAGGAUCGUCGCGAAUGUCUUCAUCUGGGUGAUCUUCGUCAUCGGGACAACCCAUAUUACAGUGGGGCAGGACGAUCUCCUCGGCUACUGCUUGAGUUUCUUGUUUCUCGGAUUGGCACUGAAGCAAAUUGCCGUCAAAACCAUUGCCCUGCAGUGGAUUUUUGCCUUUGUGAUCUUCGCGGUCUUCCUGGCGGAGUCGUUCUAUAUCACUGGCACGAAAUAUACCGGGCGCGACGUUUUGUUCCGCAAACUCACCCACCCCGAAACCGCGGAUCGCGAACGAGAACCGCUGCUCAAUGAGCAGUCAGAAGCGGCGGCCUGAGAAUGGGUCACCCACCAAGCCCUUGGUCCCACGACGGUGCUGCCAGGAGUCAUUUGAAAUCGGGACCCCAAAUUGACCUGUUUUGUUUUUCUGUUCGGCUGAAACUGGGCGGAUGCAAUCGGAAUUGGACGAUUGCUGCACGGAGUCUGGAUCUCCACUUUUUGUUCCACUUGAAUUCAGCUCCUUCGUCAUGGCUUGCGCUGGAAAUUGAUCGACUCCAAAUCAGGAGUGCUGUAAUAUGUGAUGGUGAAUGUUGAAUUAACUAGUUUCGUGGAUCUGGCAUGAGGUUGUUUGAUUUAUCUAUCUAUUGAUUUAGUUGUGGUCACUGCCGCCGCUAAAGCAUUUCAAUCUAAUCAGGUGCUCCACCCGU